AUGGCAAGAGGAAAGAAGGCAAUAGAGGGGGGGGGACUGAUGGCAAUCAAGUGGUCCACUGUCGAUGAGAUCCGGUUGUUUAAAUGGGUGGCGCAAUUCAAGCCUGCGGGAAUACACAAGCACUUUCAUAUGCGCUGCAUUUUGGAGAGGCUAAACAAUCCGAAUGACUAUCCUGUCACCUUGUUGCAGAAUGACGAGCCCAGGAAGGUUUUCACUUCAGAAGAUGUGUGGCUUAAGCUUGGAGAAUAUUACAAUUUAGAAGAGGCAGAUAAAGUGGAAGGGAUCAUACUUGAUAAGGAUGUGGAAUUGGCGCGGCAACAGCUUGUGGUUGACAAGAAGCUAAGGCAAGUAGAAGAAUUUUCGUUGCCGUGGAACGAGUAUGGGGAGUUAAUGCUACAGAACGCGAAGGCGGUGGAAGUUUUAGAUUCUGGGUACGAGGAUGGACCAACGUUGGAUACAAGUGCGGCGGCGGCGGGGGAGGAAGAGGACGACGACGACGACGAGGAACGAGCCAAGGGUACCACUGCCACGAACGCCAGCGGUCCUCGAACCAGAUCUGCCAGAAGAUCCACCCGCAUGCGCAACCAGCCCGCCGAGGGAGAUGUCGAAGAUCCAGAACCUUCGGCAGCUCGUCUAAUUGCAGCGGCGCCAGCCGGGGAUGCGUCUGCUGGGGAUGCGCCAGCCGAGAGUGUCAGGUCCCCAGAGUCCGAGAAGGAGGAUACAGAUGAUAGUGAUGCCAAUGACAAUAACGAAGAGGAGGAGGAGGAGGAGGAAGAGGAGGAAGAGGAGGAGGAAGAACCGCAAGCAAAGAAACCGCGUACACGCUCACAACUCAGCGACGCUGCAAGCACGGAUGCGGCCACAUCGGACACCAAACAGGCUGCUGCAGCCACAAACGUCAACACUGCAGAGUCCGCAGCAAGCAAAACACGCAGAAAGUCCAUCAACCAACCCGUAAAGCGAAGACUCAGAAGGAGAAAGUAG